GUGUUGUCGUACUGCUCCUGCCUCUUUAGCUGGAUAUUAUUGAUCUGUAAGUAGUGUCACUGCAUUGUUUAAAAGGGCAAAUGUGUAUUUGAAGUUGUUUUCAAGAAAGGCGUGUUAACAUUUGCAUACUGAACAGGAGCUGAGAGCACAGAGAGGAUCGAUGCAAAUCCCCUUCAGGGACAGUGAGUACGCAGCCUGCAGGACUUUUCAUCCAUCUGGAUGUUGAGUGUGCGGGCUCUGUUUGGGAUCGGCUUCCUGGUGACCUCAAGGGCCCCGGCAGUCCUUGCUCAGACAGGGGCAUGUCCGCUGUCCGCUGCAACUAACAAUCACAAGUACUGUUUCAGUAGCAGACCAGCAUCAACCAUGGCCCAGACCAUCAAAUAUCUCGGGCAGGAGGAGGCCCAACACAUUGAUGAGGAGCUCUUCAGUGAGUACGGCUUCAGUGUGGACCAGCUGAUGGAGCUGGCGGGACUCAGCUGUGCCACAGCCAUCGCCAGGGCGUAUCCAGUUACUUCCCUGGUCAAGGCCAGACCUUCUCUGCUGGUGAUUUGUGGACCAGGUAACAACGGAGGCGAUGGCCUGGUCUGUGCCAGACAUCUUAAACUCUUUGGUUACGAGCCCGCCAUCUUGUACCCGAAGAGGACAAACAAACCUCUGUUCCAGGGCCUGACCACACAGUGCCAGAAAAUGGAGAUCCCCUUCCUGACUGAGAUGCCUGAGGCUAAAAUGAUCGAUGAGGCUUACAACCUAGUGAUAGACGCCAUCUUCGGCUUCAGCUUCAAGGGGGCUGUGCGAGAGCCUUUUGGUUCCAUUCUUGGCGUGCUGAAGAAGACGACAGUCCCCAUAGCCAGCAUCGACAUCCCCUCAGGUUGGGAUGUGGAGCAGGGCAGUGCUGAUGGACUUCAGCCCGACAUGCUCAUCUCUCUCACUGCUCCCAAGAAGUCUGCCUCCCUGUUCAGAGGACGAUACCACUUCCUGGGAGGUCGGUUUGUGCCACCAGGCUUGGAGAGGAAGUACCACCUCAACCUGCCUCAGUAUCCCGGCACGGACUGUGUGUUACAACUGUAGAGGAUAUUGUAGGUUUGAUGAGGGGUUUCAGUGGCUCCAGGAAUGGCGUCGACUUUAACGGAAUAGUUCUGCCUUUUUUUUCCAAGUGAUAGACAAGAAGAUCGAUACCACUCUCAUGUCUGUGUGAUGAAUACGUGGUGGAAGUCUGGAGGCAAAUUAAGGGUUAACAGCUAGACUGGCUCUGUUCGAAGUUGGAAAAAAUGCCUAUCUGCACCUCUAAAGCUCACAGAUGAACACGUACCUCGUCAGUUACAAUGUCUUGGCAGAAAAAUAUCUGGGCCCAGUUAUCAAUGAGUUUUACCAUCAGUGAGGUUGCCAGAUAUGGUACCGUCAUGCCUGUAUAAAGACAUACUUAAAGCUUGUGUUCAUUAUAUGUAUCUGACAACCCACGAGACUGAGAUGCUGCACUGAAUUACUGUGUUCCUCAAGAACUAAUGGCUGGACAUGAAUCCCCCUAUUACAACAAAUUACCGUUUUUACAUUUUUAUAUGUGUACAGAUAGAAAAUAAUGAAUUAUUUUAUAAUUAAUUAUUUUGUGAGCGUUAGAGGAGCUUGUAUUCUUGAACGUCGGCUUGACUGCCACCAGUCGUCAUGCUAAGCUAUGCUAAUCACAUCCCGACUCCAGUUCUUUACUUUACACACAGACAUGAGAGUAGAAUCUAUGCUCUACACUUAUCCUUAAAUGUAUUUCCCUAAAUGUUAAACUAUUCCUUUAAAUCUGGGACUUUGAUUGGUUUCCAUUGAGUGGAUGAUGUUUGGUGUAAUCCUAAGGCUGUGCUGUAAAGCCAAUAAGGUGUUGUAAUAGUUUUCGUCAUGUGAAAACACAACACAACAUGAAAAUAAAAUCUAAAUGAGUGGAA